CCCAGUAUGCUUUGCGCCACCAACCAGGGAUUGCGGCUAUCAGCGCCUGCGCCCAGCGCAGCCGGUACGCGUCCGGCAAGCCGCAAUCCAAACCCGUUCUGCCUCCACAGCCGCUGCAGAGGUGCUGACGAAAAAUGUGGGUUUUUGGUUACGGGUCCCUGAUCUGGAAGGUGGACUUCCCCUAUCAGGACAAGCUGGUCGGACGCAUCACAGGCUACAGCCGGCGUUUCUGGCAAGGCAGCACAGACCACCGCGGAGUCCCGGGCAAGGGUUGUGUAUGGGGUGUUGCUUACAGACUGCCAGCAGGAAAGGAAGAAGAAGUAAAAGCGUACCUUGACUUCAGAGAGAAAGGAGGCUACAGGACCACAACAGUCAUUUUUUAUCCAAAAGAUCCCACUACAAAACCAUUCAAUGUGUUGCUAUAUAUUGGAACACAUGAUAAUCCUAAUUACCUUGGUCCUGCACCUCUGGAAGAUAUUGCUGAACAAAUCUUUAAUGCAGCUGGUCCAAGUGGAAGAAAUACAGAAUAUCUUUUUGAACUUGCAAAUUCUAUUAGGAAUCUUGUGCCAGAAGAUGCAGAUGAGCAUCUUUUCUCUUUGGAAAAAUUAGUAAAAGAACGUUUAGAAGGAAAACAGAACCUCGACUGCUUAUAAAGACCUAAUCAUUGACUUUUCCAGAGAAGCAGAACUUUUAGUCUUCAAGAAUAGUUGCACUGCACAAUGACAAUAUGAUUUGGAAACAUAUUUACUUGAAGAUCUUAUUUAUUUUUAAUGUUGUAGUCAAGAUAUCAUCAAAAUUUAUAGUUAAUUCCAAGUGUCCCGAAACACAUAUAUAUUCAAAGUAUAUGGUAUAGUUAAAGAAAAAAUUCAAUUGUAUAUUGAACACUUGAUCAUGAGAAGUUCUUUAGAAAAAUACAAGAAAUUUCACAGCUUGUUUUUUAAUCAGAGUAAAAAUAAUUUGUUCUUUCAUAUGACAAUACUAUUUUGAAGUUGUAGAGAAUUAACUCAAAAAUCCAAUAAAUAUAAUAAGGUAUACCUUCAA